AUGGGUGGUGAUGGUCCGACAGCGUUGCAACAGCUGAGGGCCGUGAUGGUCCCCUUCACAGCCACAAUAGUCAUCCCAACGAUUAUCAUCUUGCGCUACUCUACCAGAGAUGCCGCCAUCUUGCGAGGUCACAAGUACGGACAGGCCAUCGUGAGGUUCGUCGGAUCAGCUGUGUGGGCUGCUGGAGUCAGCGUGCUCUUUGCCUCCAUCGCCUCCUUCCACAAGCAGGGCAAAGGAACACUCGAGCCCUGGGCCCGCCCCAAGCACCUGGUCGUGACGGGAUUGUAUGUCAGGAACAGCAUGUACCUGGGAGUCUUUGCCAUGCUGCUGGGUGAGGCGUUUAUCUUUAACAACAAGAACCUGCUCCUGAUGCUGCUGAUCUUCAUGGCUGUGCAAGCCAUCAAUGUGCCGCUGCAUGAGGAGUGGGUGCUCCGCAAGAGCUUUGGCGACGAGUUCACUGAGUACUGCAAGAAUGUGCCCCGGUGGAUUCCUCGGCUGCACCCCUACACACCAGCCAAGAGAGAUGAGUGA